GGCUCAUCGACCAAGCAACAACUCCCGUCCAGAUCCGAGAGAUCAUGUUACCUACAACAACAAGACCAACGAGGACCUGCGCAUUCCCCGGACGUUGGGAUUGCCAUUGAAAAGAUUCCGACACGCCUUUCUUCUACGCAAACCGACCGCUCUUCGUCUAGACAACGGCCCGGUGCCGAGUGACGCCCGCUCACCUUAUCACAUGCCCGCCAUGCGACUGGCAGCCGUCGCCGUUGGCCGGCUCUCUUGUCGCGCGCAACCGCCGCCGUCACUUUCUACAGCAACAAGCCGGUUUUCCGGCCUCCUUUCACACCACCUAUUACGAACAUCGUCGAAGCAAUCGAUACACGCUUCUUCUUCCCCUUUUCCCACAGCAACCCGAUCAAUACCACGCGCCCCGCGACCACGACUAUCACAGACAUGGCAGAAGACCGGAGGAGAAGGGGGAAAAGGAGGAGCAGGAUACGGUCGGUAUUAUAGACCAAGGGUAAGCCUAUGGGCUAAAGCCGCCAAUGGCGCACUAGCGACCGCAGCCUUCGUCUCACUCUCGGAGGAGGAUAACAACGGGACGGAACAGACGUUCGAGCAGCGGAUGCUUCAGGUGUCGCGGGAGGAAAUUGAGAAGAAGGUCGGGGAGGACGUCACGGGGCUAAAGAGAAUCGUCAAGAAGAUCGUACUGUUCUUGGAUCUUUACAUCUGGGAGCCUCUAUGGACUGGGAUACGGUUCCUCGAGCUGGUCGCCAUUUUCGUGCCGGUGAUCAUUACGGUACCAGCGAUCUGGUUCGGGGAGCGCCAGCCGGAUCGCGACAAUGAGCGAUCAGGGACGCUGUGGUGGUAUGGAUUCUUGGUGCAGGCUAUGGAGUGGGCUGGUCCUGCUUUCAUCAAGCUCGGACAAUGGGCCGCUUCAAGAUCGGACAUCUUCCCCGACGAGAUGUGCAAUAUCAUGUCGAAACUCCACGCCGACGCCCCCGCACAUUCUCUCCACGCUACGAAGCGCAUCGUUGAGGAAGCCUUUGGUGGUCGCCACUUCGACGAGAUCUUCGAGGAAUUCGACGAGAAGCCAAUGGGUGUUGGUGCCAUCGCGCAGGUCUACAGGGCCAAGCUAAAUCCAGACCUCCACGUGCCUGCUGAUGCUGACCUCUCCAACUCGACUCACCGUUUUGCCAAAAAGGUUGGGAGCGUUUUGAAGGCUACGCCAAAACGGGUCCCAUCGUCCUACGUCGCCAUCAAGGUGCUACACCCCGGCGUCGAGCGGACCGUACGGCGCGAUCUCCGGAUCAUGGGAUUCUUUGCGUCCAUGAUCAACGCGAUUCCUACCUUGGAAUGGCUCUCCCUCCCAGACGAGGUCCAGCAAUUCGGUGAGAUGAUGCAGCUACAGCUCGACCUGCGCAUCGAAGCGGCCAACCUGUCCAGGUUCCGCAAGAACUUCAAAGACCGAACAACCGCCUGGUUCCCCUACCCCUACACCAAGUUCAGCACCCGCAACGUUCUCGUCGAGGAGUUCGCCCACGGCAUCCCGCUAGCGGACUUCAUGGCCAACGGCGGCGGCGUCUUCCAGCAAGAGAUCGCUAGCGAAGGUCUCGACGCUUUCUUACGCAUGCUCCUGCUCGACAACUUCGUCCACGCCGACCUGCACCCGGGCAACAUCAUGGUGCGCUUCUACGAGUCCGAAAAGCCCACCCUCAGCCUGCACUGGGACAAGCCCAGCGACGCCCACCCGAAAACGGCGGGUGGCAAGAAGAACGGCGACGUGACGGAGCACGUCCUCUCGCGCCUGCGCCCCUACAAGGGCAACAAGGAGCUGUGGACCGCCGAGCUGGAGAAGAUCGAUAAGGAAGGGUACCGCCCGCAGCUGAUCUUCAUCGACACCGGUCUGGUCACGGAGCUGAACGCGACCAACCGCCGCAACUUCCUCGACUUGUUCCGCGCCGUGGCCGAGUUCGACGGGUACAAGGCCGGCCAUCUCAUGUGCGAGCGCUGUCGCCAGCCAGAUAUGGUGCUCGACAAGGAGGUGUUUGCGCUCAAGAUGCAGCAUCUGGUGCUAGGCGUCGCGAAUAAGACGCUGGCGCUGGGGAAUAUCAAGAUUGGCGAUAUCUUGCAGGACGUGCUGAAUAUGGUGCGCCAGCAUCACGUACGGCUGGAGGGUGACUAUGUCAACGUGGUCAUCAGCAUUCUGCUGCUGGAGGGUAUCGGGCGUUCUUUAGAUCCUGACGUGGAUCUGCUGAGCAGCUCGCUUCCUAUCUUGAGACAGCUGGGUGCGCACGGUGGAAAGGAUAUGUUGAUGGAGGGCGAUGUGCAUAUGAUGGUUGUUUGGCUGGGGUUGGAGGCCAGGCGGUUUAUGCAGGCUAGUAUUGAGGAUGUUGAACGUUGUGUCAAAUAUGAUUUGUUGGCACCGAAUGUAUAAUGGAGGACAUGGGCAUUGUAAUAGCCUGACCAUAGUGUUUCAUAACUACUGUGGCCGGGGAGACUGGCGUACUGGAGAGAAAGAAAGGGACGGAUGCAUCUGGAUGGAGUUUUGCCCGAGAUGGAUGUUUUACGGGAUGGGUUGUGGUAGUCUUUUCGUCGGGAUUUCUGUUUCUUUAUGGUACCCAUGUACUAUAUAUUAUCCUUAGUAGUGAUAUCCUCAUCUUACCACUCAUACAUAACGACUUGGAUAUCUAUUUCCAUCAAAC